AUGAAUACCUCAGCAAAAAGACUAGGAAAGGUUAUUUCUCUUAUUUCAUCAUACACAGGGGUUUUAGUCAUGGCUAUAUUUAUUAGUACAUUUAUAUUAAACAGAGAUACACCACAGUGUACACCCACACUUCAUGUUGCAGAACCUGCGUACAUAAAAUUCACACCAAAUGUGGACAUAACCAGUACAGUUAAUUAUAAUGUAAAGGAGGUCUUCGUAUACCUCGUGCAUAAAACACACGUUAAUAAUGUAGAAGUAGAACAAAUCGUAUGGAGUACAUUGGCAAAAAAGAAGAAUGAUUGUGUAUUAAUUAAUGAGUGCAUGGGACGGUCAAAUGAUGCAAAUAAGCCACUGAGCAGGGGAAAGUUCAUUUUAAAAGCAACAUACUUCCCGUACAUUGGUUUUAUUAAAAAUAAAACAUUUGCAGAAUUUCCUGUAAAGUAA